CUUUUGGCUAAUCUCUCUCUCUCUCCUCCCUUCUCUCUCUUUUCCACCGGCGACCAUUAACUCUCUCUCUCCUCCGCUUUGCCCUCCCCCAUUGUUUACUAACCCUCGAUUUGUUCUUGUUCUUUACUCCAAUUCCGGUUUUGCCCCUUUAUUGGAACUCUUCUUCUUCUUCACACAAACACUCAAGAGACGUGACGGCGACUCUUUUAUUACUGAGUCUCACAGCUUCUUGCCUCGCCUCCUGGGGACUUUUUUUUGCUCCCAGAGGCGAAGAAGUAAAAACUUAGCUAACCCAAACAACAAUGGGGUUUCUCUGUUGUCUCCAGGUGCUGCUUCUGUUUCUCUCUCUCUCCUCGAUUCGUCUACUAGCUCAAUCUCCUCCACCACCCAAUGCCUCCUCGUCUUCUUCUUCUUCUUCUCUUGAUGCUCUUCUCCAAGAUUACUCUUUUAGAGCCUUUGUUCGUCCUCGUACCGGCAUUCUCUACGAAGGUACUGUUCCUUCCGAUUUGACUGGGAUCAAACUCGCUGCCAUGAGACUCAGAAGCGGAAGCUUUAGAAAACGCGGACUCACUCCUUUUAAAGAGUUCUCUAUUCCCACCGGCGUUAUCGUCAAGCCGUAUGUGACAAGGCUUGUCCUUGUUUAUCAAAACCUAGCUAAUUUCUCUCACUUGUAUUACCCUUUGUCUGGUUAUGAUUAUGUCGCGCCUGUGUUGGGUCUUCUCGCUUACGAUGCCAAGAAUCUCUCCGCUCUUAAUUUGCCAGAGCUUGAUUUGAAGGUGUCUAGUGAUCCCAUCAGAAUCGAUUUCUCUGAUCUGGAACGAAUCCCACAAGGUUCUAGUGCUAAGUGUGUUAGAUUUGAUUCACAAGGUGUUGCGAGUUUCAGCGACUCGAUUCAGCCUGGGAACACAUGCGAGACUGAGCAUCAGGGACAUUUCUCAGUUGUGGUUAAAUCUGUUGCAUCUGCUCCAAGUCCAGCUCCUCCAGGGGAUGAGGAUAGGGAGAAAGAGAAGAAGAAGAAGAGCUCUGAUUCCAACAAUUCCAAGACUUGGAUCAUCGUUGGGUCGGUGGUUGGUGGAUUGUUACUGUUGGGGCUUUUGCUGUUUUUGGUAUUGAGAUGUCGGAAUUACAAGAAGCAAGAGAAAAUGAGGGAGAUGGAGAGAGCUGGAGAGACAGGGGAAGCUCUGAGGAUGACUCAGGUCGGUGAAACUAGAGCACCUACAGCUACUACUACUCGUACACAACCCAUGCUUGAAACGGAAUACGCAGCUUAGAUAAUCUUUGUGUACAUCAUCAUCAUCAUCAUCACAUCUUCUUGAUCAUCUUUGUCUUUUUUUUUCCUUCUUCAAUUAUUCUUCUUUUGGUAAAGUGUUUUUCUUUUCUGAUUAUUUUUUUCUUUGUGGUUAGCAAGUUGAUACUUCCACAUUCAUCUUGUUUCUCUACUGGUGAUAAGGAAAUAAGUAAUAUUGUUUUCUUUUUUUUUGUGCUCUCAAAAUCAAAAAAACUUUGGUGGCUCUCUCUCUCUUCAUGGGAAUGAAAAGUGUUGGGAUUGCUUCUGGAGUGCACUCACUUUGUUUUCUUCUAACUACUUUUGCUGUAAAGCUUUGAUCUUUUAUUUUGUAAUAAUGUCAACAACAUCUUUUGUCUCACAAGCAGACAGUUGAGAAGAAGAUGAUUAUCUCAUCUAUACUCAAACUCUGUUACUUU